AUGUCGUCCACGGAGGAAGGAAGCGGCAAUGUCGGAGCAGUUUCCACUGAUCAAACAGUCAUCAACAACAACACCAACAACGAUUUUGUGGCCAUUGAUAUGCCGUGUACGGACGUCGCUCCCAGCAGUAGCGAAUUAGCGAAUAUCUGUUCAUUAUUCAAAGCUUUGGAAAGCGACAAAACCACCCGAAGAGGCAAACCAUUGAUACAAAAAGUCUCAUCUACCCUUCGCCGUAAUGAAGAUUUCAAGAAGUAUUUCAAGCCGAAAGUGAUCUCAAUCGGCCCACUCCACCACGAUGAUCCCACCCUCCAUGAAUCCAAGGAGCUCAAGCUCAAAUUAGCAGCAGAUUUCGUCUCACACCUUGACGUCCUUAAGGUGUACAGCAAUAUGAAGAAAGAGAUCGAUGACUUAAAGAAAUGCUAUGAUCCACAGGAAUUAGAGAAAUAUAGCGACGAUGACGAGAAACUGGCUUGGAUGUUCUUCGUUGACGGCUGCGCAAUUUUACAAGCAGUUUAUAUGCGUUACGGUGAUGAUGAUGAUUUUUUUCAUGAUUAUGGCCAGUUGUUUAUUAAAAACGAUUUGCUUACAUUUGUGUACUCGGAUCUGUUCUUGUUGGAGAACCAAAUACCUUUUCGUGUUCUUGAAUUGCUUACAAGCUGGAGCGGUGGCGAACAGUUCAUGAAUGCAAUCAUAAGGUUCAUCGACGACACUGUUAUCACCCAAGCUGAGGACAGUUUCAACCGUAUCUUCUUUGUCGGAAAAUUAUGUUUACCGCCGAUCUCCGUCGAUGAUUCAACCAUGAACUUAAUAGCUUACGAAAUGUGUCCGGAUUUCGACGACGAUUUCACCGUCACUUCAUAUAUGUGUUUCCUUGAUUUAUUGAUCGAUGAAGCUGAAGAUGUUAAAGAACUGAGAGCCGCCGGUAUACUAUACAAUAGAUUGGGGAGUGAUGCAGAAGUGGCUAAGAUUUUCAAUAAGAUGAACACUGAUGUGGUUCCUAGAUCGAUGAUUUCCAGUGAGGUUAGACGGAAAAUACAUAAUUAUUGUGAGACUGCGAGGAUUAAUCAUGUAGCUCAAGCUUAUCAUACUUAUUUUAGUAGUAUUUGGACGUUAUUGGCAUUUGUGGGUGCCAUUACAGCACUUUUGCUUGGUGCUUUGCAGACUUAUUAUACCAUACAUCAACGAAAGUAG